AUGAUGACAACCAAAACUCAUGCGGCUCUUAUAGCCAGCCCAGGUCUAGGACACCUAAUUCCCACAGUCGAAUUAGGCAAACGUCUUACCACUCACCACGGUUUCCACGUCACCAUCUUCGUCGUCACAACCGCCACCAAUUCCUCAAAAACAACAAAAUCACCUAUUCUUCAACAAACAUCCAACCUUAAUGGCUUGGACAUUAUUGUUACACCUCCUGUCGAUGUCUCCAACAAGCUUGACUCAAAAAACCCACCCUUAGUUUUAACAAUCGGUUUAACUAUGAUUGAAUCCCUUCCUUUUAUUCGAUCCAAAAUCUUAUCCAUGAAGUUUCCACCAUCGGUUCUUAUCGUGGACCUCUUCGGUACUAUAGCUUUACCCAUGGCACGUGAUCUACACAUGUCUACUUACGUUUUCUUUACCACCAACGCUUGGUUUAAUGCUGUUACCAUGUAUUUUCCUUUCAUCACUAACGAAGCGUUUUCAAGACAUGCUAAUAAUCACGAACCGCUUUUGAUUCCGGGAUGUGAACCGGUUCGGUUUGAUGAUACACUCGAAAUUUUUGUUUCUCCCUGCAGGCCUCUUCACGAAGGUUACGUUAACGCGGCAAGAGAUAUACUGUCCGUUGAUGGGAUUUUGAUGAACACGUGGAAGGAUCUGGAACCAGGAACUACUCAUGCUGUUAUUGAUAAUGAUAUUUUGGGACAGUUUGCAAAAGGACCGGUUUAUCCGGUUGGACCGAUUGUAAGAACUGUUGAACCGGUGGAGAAGAAGGAGGGACAAAGUGAGAAUUUUAUAUUCAGUUGGCUUGACCGGCAACCGGCUGAGUCGGUGAUUUACCUGUCAUUCGGGAGUGGUGGGACCAUGUCGGAAGUUCAGAUGAGAGAGUUGGCUCACGGGUUAGAGCUGAGUCAACAGAGGUUUGUUUGGGUGGUGCGGCAUCCCGCGCAAGGUGAUCCAUCGGCGGCGUUUUUCGACACGACCAAGGGUGGUGAUGAAAUGAUGGUGGAAGAUUACUUGCCGGAGGGGUUUGUGAGCAGGAUGAAGGAUGUGGGGAUUUGUGUCCCCUUCUGGGCCUCACAGGCUGGGAUUUUGAAACAUCCUGCGACGGGUGGUUUCGUGACGCACUGCGGUUGGAAUUCUGUGUUGGAGAGUAUCCUUAAUGGCGUUCCAAUGGUUGCGUGGCCGCUAUAUGCAGAGCAAAAGAUGAAUGCAACUAUGUUGUCCGAGGAGCUCGGGGUGGCGGUGCGGGCGACUGCGGCGGAGGGAGAGGUUAUUUUUAGGGAACAGAUAGCGGAUGUGAUUAGAAGAGUAAUGGUGGAUGAAGAAGGCAUAGCUAUGAGGAUUAAAGUUAAGGAGUAUAAGGUAAGUGGAGAGAAAGCUCUGUCUAUGUUUGGUUCUUCUCAUAAGUCGCUUUGUCAGAUGGCCAAAGACUGUAAAUUUCAUGAUCUCAAUCAAAGUUCUGAUGAGGUGAAAGCUAGGGGUGCUUAG